UUUUAACAAGAGAAUGUCACUGGCCCCAACACACACAACGCCUAGAGGUCAAGUGGUCCUACAGCCCACGUACUUCACGUGUUCCUUGUUUGUGGACCCUGCUCGCGAAGACAUUGACCACCUCAUUCAUGUCUAUGCCGAGCGGUAUGCCAGGUCUCCGCCUUCACAGCCUUUUCUGCUCUUCAAGGACACUUGGAACAACGAAGGAUGGACGUGGUUACAUUUCAAGGUUUUUGAUGCCAGAUCUCGCGAUGCUUUUCUCAAAGUUGCCAUGCAACUCUUAUCAGAACGGUUGGCGGCAUCCGAGUAUCCUCUUACUAGAGCUGCUGCUCUGUUUGGCCUUUACACGUUCUUUGCGACUCAACCAUCAACGUCGGCUCCGCCGUUGUAUGCUCUCGCUCAUCUCCCUAUGACAAUCGACAUGUAUGAGUCUUUACUGAAGCUGCCUGACGUACUCGAAACGGAUUUCCUGCGCCCUUUAAGACCCCACAUAAUAUAUGUACUCUCCGCCUUGCAAAAAGCUCAGUUUUUUCAUAUACUCCCCCCGUCUAAUUUGUACCCGCAUAGUCCGCGAGAACUGCCAAGGGAAAAAUUUAUCUCAGAUGGGUACGAACAGGCAGCUUAUUUUAGCACAAAUGCAAGCAAGAAGAAAGGUCGACCGUCAAAACAUGACAAGGUGAAGAAAUCCAAGGACGCUGUCGUUGCGCUGGACAAGUGGCUAGACAAAACUGCAUAUACAUAUCAACCACCUCGGGUUACAAGUGCAGAGGCUCCACAAUCUGUCACUACGCAUAUUCUACUUUCACAUCCGCCGAGCACGACACGGAACAAUUACCGGGCAAAAAAAUCGGAGUUGCUGGAGAAACUUGAGCCCGAUUAUCCGUAUGUGACGACUGAAGGACCUGGACGAGCAGCUUUGGAACGAGCAAAUCUGGGGGUUGUUAGCAGGUUACAAAAAAUAGACGAGGAAGCAGCAGCAAAGGGGAUGGAGAUUGGGGGAGAAGGCGGGGAGCGGACUGGAUUACGUCGUGUGGAGAGAGCUGCUGAUGAGCUUGGUAAAAUUGGGUCGCUAGGAGGUCGUGGUGGUCUACUUGGUUUGUUAGAAGGCGCGGGCAUUGUCGAGUAGCUCGAGGGGAAACCAUGCCGUUCUGUGAACCCAUCAAUCUAUAUUAUUUUAAAACUCAAUAUCCCCUGUCAAC